GGUGGGUGUCACCUCCUCUUUCCUCUUUCGAUGCCGCGCCCCUUCCCAUGCACACGGCAUCUUCCAGGAAGAAACCCCGGAUUAAGAAGAGUCCAGCGGUGAAUUAACUAUUUCUGUCACCUUUUUAAAGAGGAUUUUCAGGGUUUUCCACACUCAUAUGCUGCUGUUUGGACAGAGGCACAGUCAACAUGCUAAUUAAAGAGUUCCGAAUUGUCCUGCCCAUUUCAGUGGAGGAGUACCAAGUGGGUCAGCUUUAUACAGUAGCAGAGGCCAGUAAGAGUGAAACUGGUGGGGGAGAAGGUGUGGAGGUGUUGGCCAACGAGCCCUAUGAGAAGGAUGGAGAGAAGGGACAGUACACCCACAAGAUCUACUACCUGCAGAGUAAAGUGCCAACUAUUAUCAGUAAGCUCGCUCCAAAAGGUUCUCUCAAGGUUCACGAGGAGGCAUGGAAUGCAUAUCCUUACUGUAAAACCGUCCUUACCAAUGAAUACAUGAAAGACUUCUCUAUUAUGAUCGAGACGUGGCACAAGCCUGACAUGGGGGAUCAGGACAAUGUACAUGGACUGGAGAAAAGCAAAUGGGAAAAAACGUCGAUAGUUGACAUCGACAUUGCUGAUAGAAGUUCCAUCAGUUCAAAGGACUACAACCCAGAUCAUGAUCCGGCCAUCUUUAAGUCUGAGAAGACCGGCAGAGGGCCUCUGGGACCUGAUUGGAAGAAAGAACUCGCUAACAACCCCAGCUGUCCACACAUGUGUGCCUAUAAGCUAGUCACUGUUGAAUUCAAGUGGUUCGGACUACAGGGCACUGUGGAAAAUAUCAUUCAAAAGGUGGAGAAGCGUGUGUUCACCCACUUCCACAGAGAGCUGUUCUGCUGGAUCGACAGAUGGAUCGAUCUGUCGAUGGAUGACAUACGACGCAUGGAGGAUGAUACAAAGGAAGAGCUGGAUAAGUUGAGGGCGGAUGGUGAAGUUAAAGGCAUGGGAGCUGUUGACAAUGACAACUGACUUGCUAACUCAAUCACUCUCUGAUACAGGAGCAUUUGACUUCAUUGAGCAAACUCAAGACUCUUCUCCUCGGACACUAGACCUAGAACAGCUUGAUAGGCAUAAUCAAGAAUACCACACUUACAUCCUAAUAAAAUGUGCUCUUAAUAAGAGCUUAUUAUUGUAAAGCAAUUGUGUGUAUUUAUCCACUGAAGUUGAAUACAACUACAGCAGCUUUUAGUUUUUUUUUAGGAGACACGUUUGCAAGUUGGGGAAUCCAUUUUGAGGAUGAUGUGUUCUUGCUUAUGCCUAUUGGGUUCUCAUUUUAAAACAUUAGCGAAAAGGUGUGGGUUGUCUCUAAGGAAACAUUUCUGAUUACUGUUAUCCUUUUUUUUUUUAAUUGCAGUUAUUUGGGUUUUGUUGUGUGU